AUGUGCCGAGGCGAGAACGUCCAGUGCAAGGAGUGCUCACAACUGAGCUCUCGUAUCGUCCAAAUCUGCAUCCGCGGCGAGAUGAUGGUGAAUUGCCCUGAAAUCGUCAUCGAGGGUGUCAACCCGGAAAAGGAGGAAUGCCAUCUGUGUAGAUGCGGUGGCGGCAAAGGUACUAUUACCAUGCCGUCGUCAAUACUUGCGAAUGCUAACAACUAUGACAGGGAAGUUUGGAGGGCAUCCAAGGAGCAAAUCAUGCCCAAGCCAAUUCGUCGGCUCCAAGCCCUGAAGCCUCAGGAGAACUCCGGCCGUUGUUCUAGUGACAAAAACGAGAGCAAAUCAUCAUUUUGGCCACCAUAUCCUGAAGAACACCAACUACAUCGCAGUGUUUCGACUGCGCUGCAGUCAGACCCAAACCAAGGGAUGGAUUUUCUGGACGAUACAACUCAACUUAGGCCUGUAGCUCUAGAAAUAGAACAAGAAUUUUCGGAAAAAGAAUCGUGUGACAUUGUUCUGGCAUUGAGAAGCAAGCAGAAGAUGCUCGUGGUUGCAACGUAA